UACAAGCAAGUCAAGGCAGGGCGGACAAGCAGCCGCAGAGGUGGGACUUUUCUACUUGAGUGCACCUUGCCUGCGGCGGUCGGCUCUGUCUGCAACCGUUCACACGGGCCUGGAACGCGGGAGUGUUGUCCACCAGACAGCGGCUGCGGGAUCAGAGUCAGACGGAGCGAGACCCGCAAAAACCAAAACCCCGGUCUCCAAGCAGAUCAGGAUGGAGGCUGGCCCGCAGGUGCAGGACACAUUCAUAGGAUCAGACAAGCCACAGGUGGUGCCACUGGAUAUAUCUAUGGAGGCUGAUGCCAAUGGAACCUCAGAAAUUUCUGUGAACAAAACGGUGAGGAGCACCCCCACCCGCCCUGUCAUCCCCUCAGUGUCGGAUGUCUUGUCUGUGGAUGGGGAAGGCUCGGUGGCAAGCAUGGGGGGCCACGCUACACCCAAUGAUUAUAGAUACCAGCAGGGUCCUGGUGGAAGGGUUCCCAGGGAAUACCCUACAUCCACUGUGCCCCGAAACUAUCAAUAUGGACCCCCAGGGAGCUACAAUGAUUUUCAGUCGCCAUCUCAUUCUGAGGCAUACGCAAGCCUUAACAGGGGAGCUCGGUUGGAUGAUCGCUAUAGACCGGUUCAUCCAGAUGGGUACAGGACUCUGGAUCCUAGCUUCAAGGCCCACAGCAGAAACCAGUUGGACCCCUAUGCUGCUCAACCACAGGUUGGACGCAUAGGAAGUGCCAUGGAGAUGUCCACCAUUCCCAGGUUUGUCCCAGAUCCGUACGGCCUGGAGGAUGAUCAGCGCAGUGUGGGUUUUGAAGAUCCUGACUAUGGCAUGGGGUACCCCAGGCAAAACCACUAUGGUUACCCACGUGGGACUCCUCACAGAACUGCGAGUUACGAGGGCACGCUGGACCGUAUGAGUGGUGUGGGAGACAUGCUCUGGGGUGGAGGAGCACCUCUGGCUCGGGGUGAGAGAGGAAGCAUGGCUUCAAUCGACAGCAUCCAAAAGAGAGGUCCAGGCCCUGGGGGCUGGCGACAGCCAGAACUGUCAGAAGUCAUUGCUAUGCUAAACUAUAGACUGGAUGCAGUGCAACUCAACGCAGCUGCAUACCUGCAGCACCUCACCUACCAGAACGACAAAGUGAAGUCUGAACUGCGCAAUCUUAAAGGUAUUCCUCCCAUUGUGGCUUUGGUUGACCAUCCCAACAAAGAGGUUUACUUUGCAGCUUGUGGAGCACUCAGAAAUAUUUCAUUUGGCAAAGAUCCUGAAAUCAAAAGCACAAUUGUAAACUGUGAUGGAGCAUUUUGCCUGGUGAAGCUGCUAAGGAAGACUAAUGAUCGGAGCCUCAUAGAGAUCAUAACAGGAACUCUUUGGAACCUAUCAUCUAAUGAAGCCCUGUUCAAGACCCUUAUAGAAAGAGCGCUGACUGCGCUCACAGAUGAGAUCCUAGUGCUUCAUUCAGGUGUAAAGCAGAGCACCGCUGGAGCAGAAGAAGGCAAGGAAAAAGGCACAUCCCCAUAUCCGGAGUGGGAGAAGGUCCUCAUUAACACAACAGGAUUUCUGAGAAAUGUCAGCGCUGCAGAGAUUGAUGAGAGGAAGAAAAUCAGGGAAUGCAAAGGAUUGAUUGAUUCUGUCGUGCACAUCAUCAAGUCACAGUCUGACCCUGAAAACAAAUUGACAGAGAACUGUGUUUGUGUACUGCGGAACCUGUCCUAUCACUUGCACAUUGAAAUCCCAAACCAUGAUCACUACAAGGAGACGGCGUCCUCCAUGAGGGGUCAACGCUUCGGCUCCCGCAGGAGUAGAAGAAUCAGAGAGAAUGAAAGACAGGCCAUGACAAACACAUCUGCUAAAGGCUGGGAGCUGCUGUGUCAGCCAGAACUGAUCAAAGAAUACGGGCGCCUUUUGGAUUCUAAAAAUCCUCAUGUGUUGGAAGCAUCAGCUGGAGCCAUUCAGAACCUGUGUGCUGGAGACUGGACUUGUGGACGAGAAGUCCGUGCCAAGGUGAUGGAGCAGAAAUCUUAUGAGAAAAUGGUGAAGCACCUGGAUCAUGAGAAUGAGCUAGUGAUCCAAGCCAUGUCUGGAGCCCUGUGUAACCUGGCCUUAGACCCACUCCACACAACUGAACUGGGUUUGAUGGCCGUUCCUAAGCUGAUGUCUAAGCUGCCCGAUGGGGAGGGUCCUUUGAUGUAUUCCGAACAGACCAGGAUGGCAGUGCUCAGCGCCCUCUAUGUGAUAUUAGGCCAGAGUCUUGAAGCUGCCAAAACCCUGCUCCCAAAAGAUUCCAAGAAAACACAAGAAGAUCCCAAGAAAACACAGGAACUCUAUAAACUGGUGCAACUAAAAAAUCCUGAGUCAAAAAACAGCAACCGAUAUUCAGAGCGUGAGGUUCGGGCAGCCAGCUUGGUGCUGCAGAAACUGUGGGAUCACAAAGGACUGCGUCGUACUUUAUUGAAGAACAAGUAUAAAAAGACUGACUUUGAGUUGACAAAAAAACCCCCAAGCAACAAAAAAUCCAAAGGAAGUUCUGAAAAAGAGCCCCCUAAAGAAAAGGUCCCUGAAGAAACGACUCACCUAUUAAACGAUAGCAAAGAUGAGCCAGGUGACAGGAAUUUUGAAAAAGGCUCCACAUCUAACCGAGAUGGCCAGUUGGACACUGCUGCCACAGGUGCACAGGGGAACGAAUAACUGAUUGCAUCUUGACAACAGAAAGCCUCUAUCAACAGGCCUUGCUGAAAUGAUGAUGGCAAUCACCAUGACAACUAUGUGACAAAGUCCCAACCUCAACACCAACCUGUCUGCCCAUCUUGACUCUGGUGCAGUUGUUUGUUUUUUUUUGCCUCUAUGUUAGACUCUGUCCUAGGAGCUGAUUAAUGAAACCAGGGCAUGUGGUUGUUAACUCCGAUAUUGUGGCCACACCACUAAACCUCCUCACCACUCAAUGCUAGACCUACAGCCACCAGGGAAACACACUAAAGGUCUUUCAGAGACUUUGACUUCAUCUGAGAACCUUCGUGCUUUGCAGAGGUUGGAAACUCUAAAUGGUAUCUCAAAAAAAGCGUUUUGGACCAGACCCUAACAAAUUUUGAUGAAGUUUUCACUCAUGGUAAUAACACUGAAGAAAUCAAGGGAACCUGCAAGUUUGUUAUUUUAUCUUUCACUGAUGGUUAACCCUUCAGAAAAAUAAUCCUUUUAAAGUAAUUAUUUCUUUAAAGAAUUGUUUUACGAAAGCUUCAGUAUUGAUACUGGUUGAUCUGCUCUGUACUAUUAUUUUCAUGUGGCAAACAUCUGCCAAAGGCCGCUCCUCCAGCUAUGUGCUCUGGUCCUCGUAUUUUUGUUUUUUUCCUGGCUUGGAUCUCCUGUUCUUCAUGAAAAUGCAGAGUGAUUGUGUUAAAAGGGAGUAAAUUAUAACUAGAAUUAGAACUCCUAUCCAAAAAAAAUUAACUGCAACUUCAGACUUUAGGGGACCUUUAAAAAAAAUCUAUUCUAUUCCAUGAAUUCUGUUCAAAAGCUUAGUCUCCAUAUUUGUCUUUUUUUAUGCUCUAUGCUACAAAAGUGUCUUUCAUUUGCUUUCAUUAAUUUAGUCUGACAGAAUAGAACCUUUGAAAUGACCAAGUAAUGUCUGUUUGUUUUUUUUUAUUUCUUUUUGCUGAGUGUACUGUACAUACUGAAUGGAAAUGUAAGGGAUACUCUGGGAGCUUUGUUGAGUAUUUUUCCACAAUGUUUUAUUGUCCACGAGAAACUAGGCCUCCCUGUCCCAAACUGCCUUUAUAAGUGAACUGACCUGGAGCAAAGGUUAUUGUUAAAGAAUCUAAGGGGGCACAGAAGUGAAAGUGAUAGGCAAAGAUGAGAAAAAAGCACAUUUAAAGUAUGUACUAAAGAAAUGUAUUUUUUAUAUAUAAUGAUUUGGGUUAUUUUCUUUUGGGUGCUUUGGGUAAAUAGAUAUGCAAUUUGUUUUUUUUCUUUGUCUUUAAUCGUAAAACUUUGGCUUUGUUUGAUUAAAGUCAACUUCUCAAAGCUUUGAAUGCUGUCAUUGAGAUUAAAUCAAAAACAUUAUGGACUGCAGUUCCUUUUCUGAGCUGUUGCUCGUAGAAGUCACAGUCUCAUUUAUUAAUGAUUUAUGUAUUUUUUAUAUUGUUUUCAAUAAAAACCAAAUGAAUUCCC